UUUAUGUGGCUAAAAAUGACGAUGUGGCUAUUCUGUACUGUAACGAUCGACAUUGACCAUGUGGAAAGGAUUUAUACAUUCCCAUUGCACGUGACCCGUGUAAAGUCCAAAAUGGCGGACACAGCAGGCAGCAAUCCUUUCGCUCGGUUGAGGACCCCUCUACAGGUGGACGGUGAAAAAUUUCACUUCUACAGUCUUCCUGCUCUCAAAGAUAAGAGAUAUGGCAAGCUGCCUUACUCAAUCCGAGUCCUGCUGGAGUCAGCUGUUCGCAACUGUGAUGACUUCUAUGUGAACCAAUCAGACGUUGAGAAGAUUCUAGACUGGGAAGUCAACCAGUCACAGGAUGCAGAGAUUCCUUUCAAACCGUCUAGGGUUAUUUUACAGGAUUUCACGGGUGUGCCUGCAGUUGUGGACUUUGCAGCCAUGCGUGAUGCAGUGGAGCGGUUGGGCGGUGACCCGGAGUUGAUCAAUCCAGUCUGUCCAUCAGACCUUGUUAUUGACCACUCAAUACAGGUGGAUGUGUCGCGCAGCAAUUUACUAAAUGCCCCUAACCCAGGCGGGGGGCAAGUGUCAUGUAAAAGGCUACAGCCCACUAGUGCCUUGAAGGUGAAAGGUCAGAUGAUGUGUGACCUCUGCCAUUCGGAAGGUCAAGGGCCAAUCUCAGAUAAAGUCUGUCCCUUUCACGGCCACACGACGCCAGGUGCGGAUGCCCUGGAGCAGAACCAACUGAUGGAGUUUGAGAGGAACAAGGAGAGAUUUGUCUUCCUCAAGUGGGGAGCCACUGCCCUGAAGAACAUGCUGAUAGUGCCCCCUGGGUCAGGCAUCGUGCAUCAGGUGAACCUCGAGUACCUGGCCCGUGUUGUGUUCUGUAUGGACGGGCUCCUUUACCCGGACAGCCUUGUGGGCACAGACUCCCACACCACCAUGAUCAAUGGGCUAGGCAUCGUGGGAUGGGGUGUUGGUGGUAUAGAGGCGGAGGCUGUGAUGUUGGGUCAGUCUAUCUCCAUGGUGCUUCCUGAGGUUGUGGGUUACAAGCUGACCGGUCAACCCCACCCCCUCACCACGUCCACUGAUAUAGUCCUCACCAUCACCAAGCAUUUACGCUCCAUUGGUGUAGUGGGAAAGUUUGUGGAGUUCUUUGGGUCAGGUGUGGCUGCUUUGUCCAUUGCUGACCGGGCAACUAUCUCUAACAUGUGUCCUGAGUAUGGGGCCACUGUGGGAUACUUCCCUGUUGAUGAGAAAAGUCUUCAGUACCUCAGGCAGACAGGUAGAGAUGAAAAGAAGAUCUCCAUGAUAGCUGCAUACAUGAGAGCCAAUGAGAUGUUCAGGGACUUCAACAACUCAGACCAGGAUCCUGUCUUCUCUCAGGUGUUUGAGCUGGACCUGUCCACCGUGUCCCCUUGCUGCUCGGGACCCAAACGACCCCACGACCGUGUUUCUGUUAGUGACAUGAAGACAGACUUUGAACAGUGUCUCACCAACAAACCAGGAUUCAAGGGUUUCGGUAUAUCUGAUGACAAGCUCUCAGCCACCAUGCCUUUUGUGUAUGAGGGUGUUGAGUACACUCUGCAGCAUGGCUCCGUUGUCAUAGCAGCCAUCACGAGCUGUACCAACACCAGCAACCCUUCUGUGAUGCUUGGAGCAGGACUUCUAGCCAAGAAGGCAGUGGAGGCGGGCCUGUCAGUGAAGCCCUACAUCAAGACCAGUCUGUCUCCAGGCAGUGGGGUGGUUACAUACUACCUGAGGGAGAGUGGAGUCACACCUUUCCUUGAGAAACUUGGGUUUGACAUUGUUGGCUACGGCUGUAUGACUUGUAUAGGGAAUAGUGGACCUCUGCCAGAAACUGUGGGAGAAGCAAUAGAAAAGGGUGACCUGGUUGCCUGCGGGGUGUUGUCUGGCAACCGGAACUUUGAGGGCCGUAUCCACCCACUGACUCGCGCCAACUAUUUGGCCAGUCCCCCCCUCGUUAUAGCCUACGCACUGGCUGGCAAGGUCAACGUUGACUUUGAAACAGAGCCACUUGGUACGAAUGCUGAGGGUGCACCAGUAUUCCUGAGAGACAUAUGGCCAACCAGAGAAGAGAUACAUGCUGUGGAGUCAGAGUUUGUGAUCCCAUCAAUGUUCAAUGAGGUCUACUCCAGGAUACAGCUUGGCAAUGAGCGCUGGAACAAGCUGGAGGCCCCCUGUGGCACCCUGUACCCCUGGGACACUAGCUCUACCUACAUCCAGAGUCCACCGUUCUUCCAGACCAUGACAAAGGACAUGCCCAAGAUUCAGGGUAUCAAGGAUGCCUACGUACUUCUGAACUUCGGUGACAGCAUCACAACAGACCAUAUCUCCCCAGCAGGCAGUAUUGCCCGUAACAGCCCUGCAGCGCGCUACCUGGCAGCUAGAGGGCUGACCCCGCGAGAGUUCAACUCUUAUGGUUCCCGCCGUGGUAAUGAUGCUGUGAUGGCUCGAGGUACAUUUGCCAACAUUCGUCUCAUCAACAAGUUGCUGACCAAGCCUGGGGCCCGCACUGUGUACCUACCUACUAAUGAAGAGAUGGACAUAUUUGACGCUGCAGAGCGCUACUUUGCGGAGGGACAGCAGGUUGUGAUUCUGGCAGGCAAGGAGUAUGGGUCUGGGUCCUCCAGGGAUUGGGCAGCCAAGGGGCCAUGGAUGUUGGGAGUGAAGGCGGUAAUAGCUGAGAGCUAUGAAAGGAUUCACCGCAGCAACCUGGUUGGAAUGGGCAUUAUACCGUUCCAGUAUGUGGAGGGAGAGAACUCCGCAAUUCUGGGACUCACUGGAAGGGAGACAAUCACGGUGGAGUUACCUCAGAACCUGCAGCCCGGUCAGCUGGUCACUGUGCAGUGCAGUGACGGCAAGUCAUUCCAAGUGAAGACACGUUUUGACACGGAGGUAGAGCUUGUCUACUUCCGUAACGGGGGCAUCCUCAACUACAUGGUACGCAAGAUACUGAAUACCCCAGCGCAUUAGGUUGCUGCUCUGGUAACAGGGGUGGGUCGUCUCCUUGGUCACGGCAGAAGGGAGUCUCCUUGAAAUACGGGAGGGAGUGACUGGUUGUGGAUUUCACUGAUGUGCCAUGGACUGGCUUUACAUGGAGUGACUAGAUUCAUAUAUUUCAUGUUUGUGCAUGUGUGUGUGUAUGUGUGUGUGUGUUUGUGCGUGUGUGUGUGUGAUAUUGUAGCUCGACGGAUGACUGAACCUGUUGACUGAAUUUAUAUGAGCCUCGCGCAGGGAAAACUGGGCUGAGGCUAUAAUGGGAUAACACUUUACGCCUGAACUCGAUUUUUGUUUAGUAGAGACCUCCUUUAAAUGAACUGUUCCAUUAAAGCAGAAAGUGUGGUCUAGGAUUAGCUUUUGCGAACUGCACUUGCUAACCUGGGAUGACCUUUUACGCCCUGUUUUCCCAGAACUAAGCUCAUGAAGUUGUUGUUGAAACAAUGAUUGGUUUGAAUGCAAAUGUUUGUUUGAGUUUCAAUUAUGAAGUAUUAACUGCGCAUGUACAAAUAACAUACAAAUUAAUUAAUCAAUUUCUUAGUUUAUAAAGUUUGGUAAAGAUUGUGUGUGUGUGAUUAAAAUAAUGGUGAUAUUCAAGGGUAGAAUGACAGAAUUGCCAAAUAGUGUAUCAACAUUCAAGGCAUUCCAUGAUCAAUUACAGUAUGUAUGGAAACUGAAUUUGUCUAUUUAUCAUUUGAAGGUUUGUUAAGUGCAGGCAAUCAUGUACAAUUCAGCUGCAUUUUGUUUUGCUGUCAGUAAUGUAAGAAACAAUUUGUCAAAUCAAAUAUUCUCAUUCACGUGUUGUUGCUCACCUUAGCACAUAGUUUAUAUUUUAACUUUAUUGUUAAAAACUACAAUAACCAUAGUUCUUUAUGUAACUGCAGAUAUAAUUUAUGUACUUUGACAAAGUUUCAUUAUCAAUAAUACAAUUGAAAUGUAAUAUCACAUGUAUGGUUGUAGAUAUGUAUCCAUACACUGCAAAGGUAGACAUGUACUGAUGUACGAUGUAUAUCAGUAUAAUUUUUUAGUUAUGGUUGAUUUGGGUUUGCCAGGGAUUACAUUUAACCAUAUUAGUACAUCAUGAACAGUGUUUUUAGGCUAUUUGCAAUUCCUAGAAUAUUAUUUAUUUAAAUCAAAAUUAUAUACAUGUAUUACAUUGUUUGCUUGGUGUGAUUGAGAUGAUUUGUAGAGAUCUUUCACUGAAAUCUUCAAGGUUAAAUUGCAUCACUUUUCUUGGUAACUUAAUGUGACCUUAAAUCCAUAUGAGCCGUGUUCUGUGAAAAGGGGGUUUAAUGCAUGUGUGUAAAGUGUUGUUCCAGCUAAGCCUGUGCAGUUUGCACAGGCUCUUCAUUAACAACACUUUCCGCCUUUUCUUGUUUUUUGCUAAGAAGUGUCUUUCUGUAAACGCAAAAUGCCAUAAAAGCGUGAAGUGUUGUCCUUGAUUAGCCUGUGCAGACUGCACAGGCUAAUCUGGGACGACACUUUACUCACAUGAAUUAAACCCCCUUUUCACAGAGCACAUCCCAUAUGUUUUAGAUACUGCUGUUGUUGCUUGUGGUCCAUAUGUGACUGCUGGUAACAACUAGGUGCUAUGUACGUAAGGCUGUUACGGGUUUUUUCACAGCUUCUGUUUCUUCAUCAUUUACAAUCUAUAAUGGGUAAAUGUUCAAUAAGUGAUGAUUGAUCUACGAGUGUGUCCAUGAAUUGUAUGUGAGUGUUAGUGACUAUGAUUGCAUUUCACUGCAGAGGAACUGGUCUUUUGUGUAUGUAAUUGCGAUUUUCUGUGAUUUCUCUGUAACCAUUACCAAUCAAUAAUUUAAUGAAAUUCUGA